UAUGUUUUUCUUAUCAAAACUCAAUCCAUUCUUAAUUUUGGUGCCUCAUUUCUAUCUAUCAUCUCAUCUCUCAAUACUAUCUCUCCUUUGACUAGCUAGUCCAAGUCAAACAUAUAUAUUCGCUUAAGCCCAUAAUGGGGAUCAAGAUUCAUGGAAGCCCUUUCUCCGGCGCCACCCUCCGUGUCGUGGCCGCUGCUACUGAAAAGGAACUUGACUUUGAAUUCGUCCACGUUGACAUGAGUGUUGGUGCUCACAAACAACCACCUUUUGUCUCUCUUAACCCAUUCGGUCAAGUUCCAGCUUUUGAAGAUGGAGAUCUCCAAAUUUUUGAAUCAAGAGCAAUUACAUCGUACAUAGCAUACGCCUACAAAAGUAAUGGAAGCGCAUUGGUACGUGAAGACAUUAAAGAAAAGGCAAUCCAAGCCGUAUGGAUGGAGGUUGAGGCUCACCAAUUCGACCCACCCGCUAUCAAACUCAUGUGGGAGCUUGUGUUCAAAGGCAUGUUUGGCAUGGAAACAGACACGGCUAUAGUCGAAGAGAACAAGGCUAAGUUGGCUAAAGUCCUUGACAUUUACGAGGCUCGUUUAAGUGAAUCUAACUACUUUGGUGGUGAAACAUUCACUUUAGCUGAUCUUCAUCAUUUACCUCAAUUGCAUAUACUAAUGGACACCGAUGUCAAGACUAUUUUCAAUGAACGCCCUAAUGUUAGUGCUUGGUGCACUGAUAUCUUGGCUAGGCCUGCUUCCAUUAAGGCCAUAGCCUUGCUUAAGGAGUUUAUGUAAUCGAUCAACAUUUCCGUUCUACUUUCUUUCUCAUUUGCCUAUGUACGUCAUGUUUUGUUUGUCACCGUUUUUUUUUAUGUUUUCUUUUGCUUUUGCUUUUCAUAUUUACAUAUUGUUAAUUUUAUUGUUUUUAAUAAUAAUUCCACUACUUUACAAAUAA